GACAGUGGUUAAGUUUGACAAUUGUGAAUAUUAUAUGACGAUAAGAAGAAGCAGAUUAACAAUUUGCUGGUCAUUCGAAGAAUUUUGUUUUCUGUAGAUAUUUAAUUUGUGCAUUGAAAACCCAGAAAAAUGUCGCGUGGUAGUUCAGCCGGCUUUGAUAGACACAUUACCAUUUUCUCGCCUGAGGGACGUCUCUACCAAGUGGAGUACGCCUUCAAAUCUAUUGAUCAUGAAGGUCUUACGUCGGUAGCAUUAAAAGGCAAAGAUUGCGCCGUAGUAGCUACUCAAAAGAAGGUAGCCGAAAAGCUGAUUGAUCCGGAAACUGUAACACAUCUAUUCCGCAUUACCAAAAAUAUUGGCUGUGUGAUGACUGGACGCAUAUCUGAUAGUCGAUCACAAGUACAAAAAGCGCGUUAUGAAGCAGCAAACUUUCGUUACAAAUUCGGCUAUGAUAUACCAGUAGAUGUGCUGUGUAGACGCAUUGCCGAUGUUAACCAAGUGUACACGCAAAAUGCUGAAAUGCGUCCUCUAGCAUGCAGCAUGGUACUUAUCGCCUACGACGACGAGUUGGGACCUGCCGUAUAUAAAACUGAUCCUGCGGGUUAUUAUUGUGGAUUAAAAGCUGUUGCUGUCGGCGUAAAACAACAAGAUGCUAGAAGCUAUUUGGAAAAGAAAUACAAAAGUGAACUGUCGACAGAAAAGGCAAUACAGCUGGCUAUAACUUGUCUAUCCCAAGUUCUACAAGUAGAUUUCAAACCAAAUGGUAUUGAAAUCGGCAUUGUCACCAAGGACAGUCCAGAAUUUACGGUGUUGGAAGAAAAAGAAAUCGAAGAUCAUUUAACAAAAAUAGCAGAAAAGGACUAAUUUUAAUAAUGGAAACUUUUUACUUUUCGAAUUAAGAUUUGUUUUGGUUUCUUUGGCUACAAGCUUUAGCAAAGUAGCCAAAAAUAUAGCAGUAAAAGUAAAAAAUAUA